UUGACUGUCUCACUUUAUCUUUCAUUUCAUCAAUUGAGCUUUUACCAGUUAUGCUGUGCGCAAUAAACAACUGUUUUUGUGUUUUUGUUGCUUUAAAAUGUUGCUUUAUUUUUAAUUGAAUUGGUUUUUGUUAAUUAACUUACAGUCAAUUUUUUAAGUAAUCAACGUCUUCCAUUAAGUGACGUUAUAUCUAUUUGAUUCUUUGAUUGGGAAUGAACUACUGUUUUCCAUAUACCAGUGAUCACCGCUUCAGUCAUCUUGCAAGGUCUACUCACUGUUCUCAAAUCUUCUAGUUAUAUCUAUGUUCAUCUUGUUGGAUUGAUUUUUAAACCUCACCAAAUUUUGAAAGUCAUUUUGAUCAUCUAUAUAGCACAUCUUUCUCUUCUUUACUAGUGAAAAGAUUGUCGCCUUCUUUCUUUAUCUUCAACUUUAACCAACACAUUUAUCUUCAACAUACAACAAAACACAAGACUAGUCUUUCCUUUUCUACUAUUUGUUCAAUCAUCUCAAGUCCAUUCGCUUUAUUAUAUGUUACCUGUUAAUUACAAAGCAAAGAAGGGUUACUACACAUUUUAGUUUAAUCAUUGUGAUGUUUUUUGGAGAUUUUUAUCCUCAGCCACAAUAAUAUUUUCACUUCAAAUGGUCUGAAGAAAUUAUUGAAAACUGGAUUCUACGCUUCAUCGAGUAUCAAAAUUUUCAAUCGAUUAACCAAGAAACAGUAAAUUAAAUACGAGUGCCAAGAUCAAAAGAUUUUUUGUGCCUGUUAUAACAAAAAAAGCCAAGAGGUGUUUUCACUUUCUACUAUAUUUAUCUGAUUGAUUGAUGCUAAAUACCAACUUUACAACAUACUUGUAUUAAUUAUUCGCAACACUGGUGUGAUUCCCCAGUUCAUCAACAAACCCAAAAGCAAGGCUCAUCAUCACCAAUCAUCUGAACUACUGAACUCCAUUUAACCUCUAAUUUGAACCACGAGUUUGUGGAAUAAUGUGUUUUAAUUCAUCAUUAACUUCCAACAUUUUAAUUUUCCAGUUAAAUUGACUUUAACAUCGUUAUUACUGCUAUAAAACUAUAUUUGUUUACUAUUUUCUAUUCCAUUCUAAAUCAACCUAUCAAAGACAACCAAGAUGAGUGAUAUGCUUGUUCAAUGUUUCACUUGCUGUGUUACCCAGCAAACUCGCUCGAAGAGGCGUAGAAGAAUUGAUAGAUCUAUGAUUGGAAGUCCAACGAACUUCAAGCACACAGCACAUGUUGGUUUCGGCGAGAUGUCUUCUCAUAUUGAUGAUCUCCAGAAUCAACUGGCCUCUAAAGGAGGAUAUGAAUAUGCAAUACCAGUCAGUGUAAAAUAGUAUUUAGCUUAUAUAUAUAUAUAUAAUUACAAUUAAUUAAAUUAAAAUUAUCCAACAUGAUUGUCUCUCAACAUCGAAAGAAGAAAAUUCAAUCCCUCAAGAAUAAGUCAAAAACCAAAUCAUCACCAAUUUUCGGUCAGGACAAUCUCCACCGAUCAUCUUUUAAACUUCAUUUUAGCAAACUGAUACCUAAACCAUCAAUACUUAAAUUCUUACAUAGAAUAUUUCUUAAUGAAUCAUCUUCUAGCCUGAUAAACCGUGAUGCCAUAAAUCUAAAUCGUUAAACAACAUUCUAAACCAGUUAAACUUACGUAGACUGGCGUGGAUGAAAAGCUGCGGCUGAAAUAGCUGUUGUUCUAAAAAUGGCAUUUGACAUUUUUAAGAAAUUUAGAAAAAUGCUAUUCCUACCUGAUAAUUUACAUUUACUUCGUUUCAAUAUCCAGUCUCAAAUUGCCUAUUCAGCUGUGUUUAUUCAAAGACUCAAUCGAUUUGUUAGAAGAGAAAAAUCCUUCAGCCAAUAUCAUCUUAUUACCAUCCUGUGGAUUAACCAUUUGAAUUUAUCAAAGUCAUCGGUUGAAAAUGGAAAAGAAUAAUUAUACUCUUACCCUGAUUUCAUCAAUCCUUCAACAACUGAUCAUAAAUUGACAUCGAAUCACAUAACACAUCUUUCAAGAAAACAUGGUUUCAUGCAUCGACAACUUUUCCAUGGUUUUGUUAUUUCUGCAAAGCGGGUCUAUAGAAUCCAUUUUUUCUCACCAAAAAAAACAAAAACUAUAUCUAAGCCAUGUUUUUGUUACUUUCAUCAUGGUCAGUGAGGAUUAUCCCCGGAAAUUAUCCAGAUAUGGAAAAGCCUAGCACAACCUAACUUUAUGUGCCUCUGCUAGGUUAAUCUUCCAUCUUUUCCUGUCUCGUUUCUCCGGACCACUCAUCCAUCAAAACAUUUAUCUCAACUACAAUUAAACUCUGCAAACAAAAGUAUCUUUCCUCACCAUGAGUCCAUAAAGCUCUAGUCUCAAAUACGGUGCUUGGUGGAUAACGUGAAAAAGACUAAAAAGAUGAAAAAUUGAUAAUCAUUAAAACCAAGCCAUAUUAUUGUGAUUGAGAGAGGAUUGGCCAAUUUCUCUAGCGAUAAUCAAAUCAAAAUCUUCCUUCGAUAGCGCUUUAUUCAUUUCAUCUUCUACUCACAACAUGCAACUUGAUAUUAGCACUCAAUUAGAGUGUAUGAGUAUAGUUCAUUAGAGUAAUAUGUUUCAGUGUAGAAGUUUCAACAUCUUAAUAUUUGAACUCCCAAUGAAAAAAGCUGAUUCUCAAAACCAAUAUAAUUAACUAUAACUGGAAUUAUAAAAGCCUAAUGUUUGUAAAUCAAAUGAUACGGUUUUGUUGAUGUUGAGAAAAAUAUUUCAACUUCAUACCUCCUUGAUUUCCUUUCCAAUCACUCUUACCAUCAUAAUCAUCUUAAGUUUCUUUCUCAUUACAACUCCAUCAUCUUACUAUCAUUAUUAUAAAUAGCUAUAUUAUACUAAUUAAAUUUGAUUCUCGAUUUCAUUCAUGAAUAUUUAAAUAUGUUAUUACUAUAGUGUUAAUACUGAUUAUUACUAAUCAAAUUGUUCACUAACGAAAGAGUUAGCCUCUGAAAACAUUUUUAUAAAUAUAAUGAUAUGAAUAAAUAAAUUGAAACUAA